AUGUCGAUGACAUCGCCUAUAGUUGUUGGUGCUACCAUUGGAACAGCUGCUUUGGGAGCUCGAUUUUUGCUUACAGCAUGGCAGGCUUUUAAGGCCCGGCCUAUAGUUCCCCGUGCUCGUAGAUUUUAUCCCGGGGGAUUCGAACGGGUCAUGACCAGGCGAGAGGCUGCACUGAUUCUUGGAGUGAGGGAACAUACAGUUGAAGAUAAAAUCAGAGAGGCCCAUAGAAGAGUAAUGGUGGCUAAUCACCCUGAUGCUGGCGGCAGCCAUUAUCUUGCUUCGAAGGUCAAUGAGGCGAAGGAUAUUUUGUUGAAGAAAUCCAAGUCACCAGAUUCAGUUUUCUAA